UUUAAUUUGCAGUCGAAUGCCUGCAUCCUAAAGGCUGUGACAAGCCAAAGAAAGUCCCGUCACGAACCCGGGAACACUCUUGCAAGUUACGGUACUUGUUACACCUAUUUAUUGCAAACUUUAAAAGGAAAAUGUCGUUUUUGAGUUGCGUUACGCGGAAUAGACAAAUAGUGAUUCUUACGCUCUUAGUGAUAAUAAUCGAGUAUGGGAAUGGACUCCAACUGUUCGCUAGCGGACCAAAGCAACCUGUUUCAGUCGGAAAAAAUGCUAUACUUCUCUGUUCAUACUCUCCAUACGUUCCUAAUGUGGACAUAGCGUGGUCCAAGACUAUACCUGGUACUUAUAGGAAAACGAACGUGAUAACGAAACGGAACGGACGUGUUUCGAACAGCGUUGGAUUUGAUCGUAUGAGCUUUGAACCAUAUAGUCAGGCCAACAUGGUCAUCAGAGCUGUCGAAAUGAAAGACAGUGGUACUUACAUUUGCGAAGUAACUGAACCGGGCUACCAUCCAGUGUCGGCUGAGGCAACUCUCAAAGUAACACGAUCUGCCGUACAGCCACCCCAACAACCAACAAGACCACCAAACGCACGACCAACCUACCCAAGAAUUAACGUACGUACGGUAAAUGUCAGACCAGGUGGUGCCGGUGGAACCGGAACUGGUGGAAGACCGGGAACUGGUGGCGGUACUGGAACCGGUGGUACAAACCCGGGAACUGGUGGCUUUAACCCGGGAACUGGUGGCUUUAACCCGGGAACUGGUGGCUUUAACCCAGGAACUGGUGGCUUUAAUCCUGGAGCUGGCGGUGCUGGUCCCGGUACAGGUGGCUUUAAUCCAGGAACCGGUGGAGUUGGUCCAGGAACUGGAGGAGUUAAUCCCGGAACCGGUGGCUUCAAUCCCGGUGCCGGUGGUGCUGGUCCCGGAACCGGUGGCUUCAAUCCCGGUACCGGUGGUGCUGGUCCCGGAACCGGUGGCUUCAAUCCCGGUACCGGUGGUACUGGUCCCGGAACCGGUGGCUUCAAUCCCGGUACCGGUGGUACUGGUCCCGGAACCGGUGGCUUCAAUCCCGGUACCGGUGGCUUCAAUCCCGGUACCGGUGGUACUGGUCCCGGAACCGGUGGCUUUAAUCCUGGAACUGGUGGUUUUAAUCCCGGAAAUGGUGGAUUUAAUCCCGGAAAUGGUGGAUUUAAUCCCGGAAAUGGUGGAUUUAAUCCCGGAAAUGGUGGAUUUAAUCCCGGAAAAAUCGUUUUAAUCAAUCAAUCAAUCAUUAAUCAACUAAUCAACCAUCAAACAAAUCAAUCUAUCUAUCAAUCAUUUAAUGAAUCAUUUAUAACGCAUUAUACGAUGUUUCUAUGCGUGUCGUGUCGUGACAGAAAUUAA